AUUGUUUCAAGUAACCAAAUUUGAAAUUGAAUCGAAGGAUAUCUAGAGACAUGUACAAAAGGUAUUUAGAGCCGAAUGAUGAGAGUCCAAUUACAAAUUACAUGAACAAGAGAAUAAAAACCGCAAAUGUCAAUCCCAAUUUGAGAAUACUAAAUCAUAAUGCUACAACUCUGAAGAACGAACCAGAUAGAGAUAAUGUCAACGAGUCUGAAAUCGCAGAUGGGAGUGUAGGGAAUGAUGGACCGAGUCCAGUGGAUAACAAUCUUAAAACGAUUGACGCUAAUACUGAAGACAUUUUUGCUGCAAUAUCGGAUCAAUUGAUACAUCCGAACCUACAAUGUACGACGCUUGAUGCUAUAACGAUGAUACUAUCAUUUUUCCUCCAACACCAUCUGACGUGGACAGCGCUGGAAGACAUCUUAAAGUUGUUUCAUAAUAUUUUGGGAGAUGACUCAAACUUGCCAAAAACCAAAUAUUUUUUUAAAAAGUUUUUCGGAGCGAAUCAACGGACGAUAAUACAUUUUUAUUGUAAAAAAUGUAUGGUCUAUUUGAACACAUACGAAGGUUUGAAAUCACAACAGAAAGGCAAAAACGAUGAAUGCGAAGACACCUGCAUUGUAUGUGGAACUGAAUAUUCACUAAAAAAAAUGAAUGACGGUCACUUUUUCAUGGAACUGCCUGUACGAGAACAAAUCGAAAAAAGAGUUUCCGAAGAUAUUUCAAUUUUGGAUUACAAUACGAAAUCGUCGGACUCAGAGAAAAGCCAGUUUAUGGCCAAUACAAUGCAUAAUUAA